AAGGACCUGAAAGACAGCAACGACUCCAAAUCUGAUGCGAAUUUAAUCAGGUCCCGAGCUGGCAGUGAAGCCUCUGUAAAGCAAAGAAAUGUUGCCACAAAAUCUCCUAGCGAUGCAAAGCACAGGAGACAGAUAAACGGCAGUGAAACCACAAAGCCGAAAACGACUUUAAAUCAUGUACAAUUAGAAAAGUUAGAGUCUACUGCCUUUGCGGCACUUCAGGUCAUUCAAAACACAGUGGUGUCUAUCGAAAAGCUACAGGUGGAGGACAGUCAUGACGAAUUAGAAGAAAAUAGAUUUGUCGACGAGACAAGACAAGACAAUAACAAUUUGAAAGAGAGGAGACAAAAAGGGACACCUUAUCAACAACAUCAUGUCUACAGAAGUAUAGACUCAAAACUCAGGAACCUUGUUGACCAUAGAAGUAAAACUAAUGCACCAUUCCCCGACCAGCGAGGGGUAGCGGCACUAAGGUCGGGUGACUUUAAACCAUUGAAAGCUACACAUUCCUCAGAACCGUUUAAACCAUUUACAUAUGAAACGAAAGGGAGGAGAAUCUUUCAAAAUGACCCACAAAAGGGAAUGGAAAACAACUUAAAACCCCAAGAAAUAUCACCUGAUAUGAGUGACCACAAUACCGAUGGGAUUCUUACGGAACUACAGCUCCAAUCAGCGAUGGCAUCGACACAACCAAUUUCCCAUGUCGAGAAAGGUAAUUUCGAUGUGGAGGCAAAACGCAAUGCACGAACGAAGAUCAAGCAAACUAAUUUACAAAAAUCGAUGGCAUCUUCCUCAUUAAGAUCCUCGGAGAAACAAAUGACUUCAACACGAAUGGAAAUCGAUAGCGACACGGUGAGAUCAAAACCAAAACAAUCAGGAUCAGAUUCAAUCCAUAAGCAUCAUCAACUCGUGGAAUCAAGUACACAAACCGAUAUCAACCAUGCCGAACUUGAUGCUUCAAUUGGCAUUACCCAUCCAGAUCAAAAUCAUUUGCCAGGCGGCUUUCUACACGGGAGAGAAGGCGAAGGGGCUAGCAAAGCCCAGGACGCAGUUGACGGUGAUGAACUUCAGGGAGAUAAUGCAGAAAGUGAUUCUGUGGGAACAAAUGGAGGGAAUGGUCAGAGGGAUCUCCAAGAGGAGCUUGAUAAGUUGAAAGAGGGGAAUGAAGAUCUAGAGAGGCAAUUGAGGGAGACAAUCGACUUCGAGGUGCAGGCGAUGAAAGCUUACAUCAAGCUCGUCAAACAACAUCGACAACUUAAACGAAAAUUGCAAGAAAGAUCAGAAAGUACGAAGUCAAAGACGAUGAUGCCAGAAGGACCUAAAAGCAAUGGAAGAAUUCAGUCCAAUGGUGGUGCUCAUGAUGUCGACAUGAUCGGGGUAUGUGCGCCAAAGAUCUAUAUGUCUUCUCCAGAUCUACAUCGUCAUCAGCUGUCAUCAUCGGAAAGAUCCAAUGAUAUGAGAAGAAUGCUCAACGAAAAAAACGACGAGGCCAAUAUUGUAUUGCGUGGUAACCCUGAACAUAAUAUAGCCGUCGAAUCGGAUGAAGAGUCGGUCUACGAGCAGUUAGAUAUAGUUGGAGAUUCACACAAUCUCCGGUAUCCAUGGCAACAGGAUGUGACAACGCAAUGUGGUCGUAACAACAGCAGGAAUGUCGGCAGCCAGACGGAAUUAACAGAGAUGUGCGAAAAGUGUUUCACCGAGAGGGCACCGAAAGCAGAGAAAUCGUCUUCGAUUUUACCGCGGGCGUUCCGCAAGAAGCUUUCCAAAACUCAAAGUUCUGAGCAGUUCAGAGGCUUCGGGCAUGAACGUGCCUUACCUCCAUCGCGGCAUGGAAGCAUCAGUGUCCUGCCCACUGGAAGACCACUUGUUGAUAUCAAAGGACUACAUGAUUACCCGGAUCCUAUCAUGGCAUCAAUGCCGAACAUUAAUACUGCUGAUUCACGAACACCGUCACAAGGAUCACGGACCUCGCCCUUCCCUUCUCCGUUCCCCUCACCAGACGUGUCGAAAAGGCCGAUGGUAAAAGACGCUGCUGGCAUCAUACAUCCUACGUUCGUUGUCAGCUAUCAUCCCGAUGAUUCAGACUCAUUAUCUGGGGUCAAUGCAGGAAGUCAUGAUGAUUCGUCUGGGUCUGUAACGAGUAGCGGAAGUUCACUCCGGAUUCCAUCGCCUGAAUUGUCCCAAAAUGUUAAAUCUUCAUACCCCAAACAUCGAAAGGUUGAACCCCAGGACCAAGGAGAAGACGAAGAGAAUACCCCUCCGCCGAGGUACCACAUGAGACGGAGGAGGGAUGCUGUAAUAACACAGGUAGCACCAGCUGUUCAAGAAAUGGGAUCUGAAGAACAAGAGUCGAACAAUUGCAAGCCUGAUUCACCGCCGCAACCUGCACGAAACACCUCCAUCCCGGGUUUAUCAACACCUCAGAUGGACUCUCUCCUACCCACAGCAUCUCGGAAACAAUCCGAUGAACAUCGGGCCAGUAUCAUGAGUGAAGCCAGUUUCACUUUACAAUCUGUUGCAGCUAGACAUGUCCAGGGUUUCAUUGAAUCAAGUGUACAAGGUUUAGAUAACCACGUUGCCAGCGAAGAAGUACAAGACAGCAAGAAGAGAAUAGCUGCCAUGCUCAGGAAAAAGUUUGGAAAGCAAGAGAAGAGCGGAAUGGGAGCUAUCAUUUCAAACUUCAAACGGCACGACCAGGACGAACUAGAAUAUGCUGUCUUCAAGGAUCAACACUGGAAGGACUUUAUAGAAUCUGUCCUUGGUCGCCCCAUCGAUAUAUCUACAAUCAGCACGGAGGAAUAUAAAAGACGAGAGAAAGUAUGGGAAGUGUUCAGAAGCGAAUGCGCAUAUCUGGUUGAUCACAUUCUAGUCUUGAAAGAGAUCUUUCAAGAAAGACUCCGUUGGCUCCAAUGUGAAGAUCAUCUCAUGCACAUAGAGAUUGUCAAACUCUUCGCUAAUGUUGAUGAACUAUGUACGGUCAGCGCGAAUUUGUGUCGAGAUCUAAUCAAGAACUUCUCAAGCCGACUUUCAGAAGGAGAAUUCGGACAAGCUGAUGCUAUCGUAGCUGCAUUAGCAACUUUUGAGAUGCAAGUGUGUCCUGCAUUUUCAAGCUACUGCAUGAACUAUUCAGGAGCCCUGCAAUAUCUUGAAUCCCUCAAGAAGCAAGAUGACUUUGCUGAAUUUUGCAAGAUAUGUGAGCAGGACAGCCGAUGUAAAAGACUUCAACUCACGGAUCUUCUGAUCACUCCAAUCCAGCGAAUUACCAAGUAUACCCUACUUCUAAGAGACAUCAGAAACUGUACCUCACAAACCAGCGAGAAAGAAUUACUGAAUUCUACACUGAUUUCUGUCGAGAGUGCAAUAAAAGUUGAUCUUGAAGGCAAGGUAGAAUGGUUGGCAAACUUUGAACGAAUGAGAGAACUACAGCAGAUGAUCAGCUGGCCUCCAAUGGAAGAACUCGACUCCAAAUUAUCUGGUCUCGUUCCUGAGUUCUUGAAAUCCACCAUCGCCAAGAAAUCAAGAGAACACGUCUUGUUUAGUUCCAAACGAUCAUUGACAUAUGAAGGACAUCUUCAAAUCUUCGAGAACGGGAGACUACAAGAAGUGUAUGUCUUUUUAUUCGAUGACAUGAUGCUGAUAACACGAAUGCGUCGUACUUCAGGUAACAAGAAGAAAUCCGUUACAGACAACUCUUUGCCCUAUGGACAGACUCAGAGCUAUGUUCCCAAACACAAGGAUGGAUAUAGUUUUGUUGUAUGUAAAGCACCCCUUCCUCUAGAUCGCCUGGAACUUAUGGACAUCGAUGCCAAGCAGGCCUUGGCAAACGGAAUCAAGCAUUGCUUUGUACUGGUACAGCUGAAUAGAUACGGACAAGUUCAUACUCUCUAUGCAUUCUCAAGCUCAUCGGAGACACAUCAGCAAACAUGGCUGGGACAAUUACGAGAUUCAAGAACGAAAUGGAUUCAAGCAAUCCGAGCUGAUUCAAAGAGCAAGGAAGACAAAGAUAGAAAGAAGACCCUCUAGAGACGAUUAUGACGACGAUGACGACGACGACAUUCUAGCCCGACGUCAGACAGCGUCACCACGUCGUUGUUAUUAAUAUAGGUCAGAAAGUGGACGAGAUAGUUUCUCACCUGUUCUGUAUACCGGGUUUUAUAUUUCAUGUGGGACUGAUGAAUCUAAGAUAAGUACACAUUCGCGAUUUGAAACAAAAUAUUCUUUAUAGUGGCCUUAU